GCUGCGCAGUGGACUUUCUGUUAAAUGCCUCUCCAGCUGAAGUGACUCCCCCCUUUCAGCACUACUGAGCUCUCUCAUCCCCUAACACUGCAAGCAGAGAGCGCACUUUUAAACUUUCUAUUUAACUUUCUUUUUUAAACUUAUUUUUUCUUUAGUUGGAAUCAUGUUUUGGUCACUGUCUUUGUGCGUAAUCGUAGCCUUUGCGUCCGUGCCGGCAGAUGCGCAGGUCUCCAGCCGGUACGUUAUCGGAUGUCCUGCUCGGUGUGACAAGUCGAUGUGUCCCCGGCUACCAGCGGACUGCCAGGCGGGACAAACCCUCGAUGCCUGUCACUGCUGCCCGGUGUGCGCGUCCGGCGAGGGCGAAGCUUGCGGCGGCACCGGGAAGCUCGGGGACCCGAUGUGCGGAGAGGGGAUGGAGUGCUCGGUCCCCGGCGGGGUGGCGUACACUGUCACGGUGAGGAGGAGAAGCAAGACUGGGACUUGCGUGUGCAAAACCACCGAUCCGGUUUGUGGGAGCGAUGGGGUGUCCUACCGGAAUAUCUGCGAGCUGAAGAGGGUCAGCCGUCGGGCGCAGAAGCUGCAGCAGCCACCUGUUCUUUUCAUUCAGCGGGGAGCCUGCGGGAAAGGAUGACCUAUUCCAAGCGGGAGGUGGCGGUGGCCAGUGGUUCUGGCUUUGUUGUGUCAGAAGAUGGCCAGAUUGUGACCAAUGCCCACGUCGUGGCCAAUAAGCACCGAGUGAAAGUGGAGCUAAAGAGCGGCGGCUCCUAUGAUGCAAAAAUCAAAGACGUGGACGAAAAAUCUGACAUUGCCCUCAUCAAGAUUGAUGCACCGACCAAGCUUCCUGUACUGUUGCUGGGCCGCUCAUCAGACCUGAGACCAGGAGAGUUUGUGGUGGCUAUUGGCAGCCCGUUUUCCCUCCAGAAUACAGUCACUACAGGAAUUGUUAGUACCACUCAGCGAGGGGGCAGAGAGCUGGGCCUUCGCAACUCCGACAUGGACUACAUUCAGACGGAUGCCAUCAUCAAUUACGGCAACUCCGGAGGGCCUCUGAUAAAUCUGGAUGGCGAGGUGAUUGGGAUCAACACGUUGAAAGUGACAGCUGGUAUCUCCUUUGCCAUACCCUCAGACAAAAUUCAACAAUUCCUGGCAGAGUCCUACGACAGGCAGUCUAGAGGGAGAACAGCUGCUAAGAAGAAGUACAUUGGCGUGAGGAUGAUGACUCUCACUCCAGCGCUGGCCAAAGAGCUGAAGACUCGACACCGUGACUUCCCUGACAUCACCUCUGGAGCUUAUGUUAUGGAGGUUAUUGCAAAGACACCAGCUGCAAUCGGUGGACUCAAAGAACAUGAUGUCAUCAUCUCAAUCAAUGGCCAAAUGAUCUCAUCAGCGACUGACGUCAGUGCCGCCAUCAAGAAAGAGGGCAACUUGAGAGUAGUUGUCCGCCGUGGAAACGAAGAUGCUAUCCUCACGGUUGUUCCCAUGGAGAUCGACCCUUGACCUUCCACAAAUCCAGGAGCUGGAGCUAUGUUUUACUUAUCACCAGUGGACCUUAUAUUGGACGGGGGCUUCUCCUGAUGCACCCUCUCCCUGUGGCCAAAGGCCAGUGACGCCACACACCCAGGGAAAUUCUGGCCUUGCCUUGAAAGGAACGACUGUACAGAUGCUCUGAAAGCAGUGCUGUACUUCCAUGUGUGUUUUCACUUUUAGUCUUUAAUGCUUUGAUCAAUGCUACUACUGUUUGGUCACAAACAUAAGUAGUUGGAUAUUGGCAUAUUGUUUUUGUCUGCUUUCUCUUGUUUUGUGUCUUUUUAAAUAUGGACUUUUGCUCAGUCGGGCCUUCCACUGCAAUUUUAGGCAAUUUAGAGACUCGCGGGGCAAAUCUGAUUUGUAUAAUUGUUGUUUUCUAAACUCCAUUUUUUAAAGUACUGUAGAAUGUUUGUGUUGAUUAUGUGAUGUAUACUGAGAAAAAAAAUAAAGGGUUUACCUUGUUUUGUUUUGACACUCAC